ACAUCAGACUUGAGAUUUUCAUUGGCCGACUUGAGUCAGCCGUGAUUCACACGAGAUUUGGGUUUUCAUCCCAUCGCCCGACUACUGGUGAUCAAAGCCGACAAUCGACCCCCAGCGUGCCACCCUCCAUCCCACCUGCUGUCCCACCUAAUCAAGGGACCCAAGGCCAGCCAUUGGGCCGAGCCGGGUUUUAAGCCGGAUUGGGCUUUUGAGUGGACGGCAUUGCGUGACCCCUUUGACCCGAGCCUUUCUAGUCCAUCCCUGGGUCCUGGGCCGUCCCCCUGUAAUUCAAAUGGCCGAUCAACCGCCUCCUGGCCUCAUCUCGGUCCAGGUUCUGGCCACGCCCGCCAAAUCCAAGUCCGACCCGAAAGAGUAUCGCACCCUCCAAUUGGACAACGGGCUGCGGGUACUGUUGAUCGCCGACACGGCUUACCCAUUGGACCAAUUGGACCGGCAAGAAGAGGCCAUGAGCCAAAUGGAUUCCGAUCAGGAAGAUGACGACGAGAAUGAAGAAGAGGACGAGGACGAUGACGAUGACGAGGAAGAGGAAGAGGAAUCCGAAGAUGAAGGUAUGGACUUGGAUGAGGACGAUCGCCGAGGGAAGGCAUCCAAAUCUUUGUCGGGUUUAAAAUUGAGUGCCGCCGGGUUAUGCGUGGGCAUGGGUAGCUUCUCGGAUCCCGAGAGCUUGCCCGGAUUGGCUCACUUCUUGGAGCAUAUGGUGUUCAUGGGCUCCAAGAAGUAUCCCGAUGAGAACUCGUUCGACGAAUUUGUCUCUAAACACGGCGGAUCGGACAACGCAUCCACGGAUUGCGAGACCACCGUGUUCUACUUUGAAUGCCAAAGGAAAUCGUUCCGGGAAGCCUUGGAUCGUUUUGCUCAGUUCUUUAUUGACCCGUUGAUGAAACCCGGAGCGAUGGCUCGGGAACGUGAGAGUGUGGACUCUGAGUUUGAAAUGGCUUUGCCGUCGGAUUAUAACCGCAAACAGCAAAUAUUCGGCUCCCUCGCUAAACCCGGGCAUCCCAUGGGAAAAUUCAUGUGGGGCAACACGAAAUCUCUCCAAAGCUCGGGUAAAGACGAUAAAGCCAUGCACAAGCUUUUGCACGAGUUUAAGAAUCGACAUUACACCGCCCAGUUCAUGACGUUGGUGGUUCAGGCCCAACAAGAGUUGGACACGCUCCAAGAGUGGGUGGUUGAGAGUUUCUCCAAUGUGCCCAACAACAAGUUGGAACGCGAAACGUUUGGACACAUGACGGAACCAUUCGACACGCCGUCAUUUCAUCGGCUGUACAAGGUGGCCCCUGUCCAAAACAUUUAUCAAAUCGAUCUGAAUUGGGCUCUGAAAUCGAUGCUCAAGGAGUAUAAAGUCAAGCCUUUGCAUUACUUAUCCUGGGUGAUUGGACAUGAGGGCCGUGGUUCACUGAUAUCCUAUCUCCGGAAGAAAAUCUGGGCUCUGGGUCUCACCUCAGGCAAUGCCGGAGAUGGAUUCGAGCACAACUCCACGUAUUCCAUCUUCAGUAUCAGUAUCGUUCUCACGAAGGAAGGCUUUGCUCACCUGAGUGAAGUGACCCGAGCUGUGUGGGCUUACAUUGAUAUGAUGCAAAAGAAAGGCCCCAAGGAGCGGAUCUACAAGGAGAUCCAAAGAAUUGAAGAAUUGGACUUCCAAUAUGGCGAGGAGCGUCAACCCAGCGAUAAUGUGGAAACUUUGUGUGAGAACAUGCAACUCUUCCCACCCGAGCUCUAUCUCACUGGGGAUGAUUUGAUGUUCGAAUUCAACGAGAACUCGAUUCGAGAAUGUCUGGAUGCGCUGCAAAAGGAUCGUGUGAAUAUUUUCGUCACCGCCAAAGAGUACGAGGAUGGGUGCAAUCAGGUCGAGGAAUGGUUCAAGACCAAAUACUCCGUUGAGGAUGUUCCUAAAGAUUGGAAAUCCGCUUGGAAUGGGGACUUGAGCGAUAUCCAGAAAUCCCUUCAUCUGCCAGAAAAGAACCAGUUCAUCGCCGAGAACUUGUCCCUGAAGGCUCUUCCAUCAGGCACGGUCCCGCGAUUCCCGAUUCAAAUCAAAAAGGAAUCCAAUGGAGAGCUCUUCUUCAGACCCGAUGACCAUUUCAAGCAGCCUCGUGCUCAUUUACAUUUCAUGCUCGUGUCUCCUCUGCCUUUGGAAUCGGCUCGUAACUCGGCCUUGUUGGACUUAAUGAUGGCUUUGACCGCCCAAUCCAUGGUGGAAGACACUUACGCCGCAGAUCUGGCCCAACUCCAAUUUCAGAUCUACGGGAGCGAGCGAGGGGUGGUGUUGAAAGCUUUUGGAUUGAACGACAAGCUCAAACUCGUUUUGAGCGAGAUCCUCAAGCACUUGGUCGAGUUCGGCGAGAGCGUUGAUCCGGAGUUCUUCGAGGCUGUCAAAGCCCAGACCAAAAAGUCCUACUACAAUGCCUUUAUCAAGCCCAUGAAACUGGUCAAGGAUGUCCGGAUGUCGAUCCUUCAGGAUCAGUUCCACGGAGCUAUGGACAGACAUGCUGUUGUGUCGGAGCUCAAGUUAGACGAGGUCCGAGAUUUUGCUCAGAAAUUCCGCAGCGAGAUCUUCAUUCACGGAUUAGUCCAAGGCAAUCUCACCGAAGUGGAAGCUCUGGAGAUAUAUGAUCUUGUCAAAGGCAAAAUGAAGGCCAAACCCAUAUCUAAUGGCACCAUCCCGGAAUUGAGAUGUCGUGCUUUGCCGACCGGAAAAAAAAUCGUGCGAGUGGCCGGAUUAAACCCUCUGGAUGGAAACACGGGGGUAACCAAUUACUACCAAUUCGCACCCGGGAAUUUGAAGAGCCAUGCUCUCUUAGAAUUAGCCAAUACAAUCAUGGAAGAGCCCGUUUUUGAUCGCCUGAGAACUCAAGAGCAGCUUGGAUAUCAAACCUUUUCCAUGUUGAGGAACACUUUUGGCGUAUUGGGUCUUUCCAUAACGAUUUGCUCGCAGGCCUCGAAAUUCUCAGCCGAGCACGUGGACUCCCGGAUUGAGGCCUUUAUGGAGUGGUUCCUCAAUGAGAGGCUAGCCAAAAUGGAUCAACAGGAAUUUGAUGAAGUCCGUGAGACCUUAGUCAAAUUGAAGAAAACUGCGGAUGUGACCCUAAAAGAGGAAGUGGACCGCAAUUGGAGCGAGAUCUGUUCUCGGGAGUAUUUGUUCGAUCGUUGUGGGCAAGAGAUUGAAAUUCUUGAACAAUGCACGAAACAGGAAGUGACUGAAAUCGUGAAGCGGAUCUUCAAAGACGAUCAGAAAUUAUUGAGUGUGCAAGUUGUGGGCAAUGAAAACGCUCAGGAUGAGCUAUGCGAGGAAGCGACCAAGGUCAUUGAUAUAGACCAACCCUUUGAAUGGAAUUACCUUGAAACCAAUGACAAGUUCAUCGGGGACAUCCCGGAGUUCCGAUCGACAUUACUUCUGCAUCCCGUCAUAAGGAUCAUCAAAUAAGGACGGACAAGCCGGACAUUUGAACGUGUAUCUGUGUUAAUCUUGACAUCAACGUACACAACGUAAACAACAACAACAACAACAACAACUAUUAAACAUCACUCAUUACCCUCUGUCUCUU